AUGUCUCCUCCUGUGGAACACAAAAGCGAGAGCGCUGCCAAUGGCGCGCAAAAUGGCACCCACACGAACGGCACCCAGACAAAUGGUACACAUACAAAUGGCCAUCACGCUCGAGAGAAGGAAGUACCUAAGAAAGUUGUACAGCCCACAGAGACCCAAAAAUCGGAAAAGAAGACGACUUCAUCCAUUGGGGCUUUGAUGCGGUUGCGUCGUGCUUCACGACGCCCUCUCCCCACGGAGAUGGGAGAUGGCACUUAUAGAAACAUUCUCAAGCGACCGAAUCUGAUGCAGGAUCUCAAAUCAUUUGGAUUGGGUGAUCUCAAAACACUUCGAGAUAUUAUCGAGGCAAAGCUGAAGAGAGAGACCCAGCAAGAUGACAAGACAAUGCUCAUGGAGCGCACUAUUCAAUUGGUCUCCAUGAUGCCGAAUAAAUCGAAGCGACAAGAAAUACUCACCAACUCUUUCAUUGACAAGCUAUGGAACUCUCUGGAUCACCCACCGUUGCUGUAUAUGGGUGAUGAGUACAAGUAUCGCCAACCAGAUGGAUCUAACAACAAUCCGUUAAUGCCGAAGCUUGGGGCCGCUGGGACUCCAUAUUCGCGCACUUGCAAGCCAGGGCCAGCCAAUAUGGGAGCACUACCCGAUCCCGAGCUUAUUUAUGAGGCCGUCAUGGCUAGGAAUGGGUUUAAGAAAAACCCAAACAACGUGUCAAGCAUUUUAUGGUAUUGGGCGACUAUUGUAAUUCACGAUUUGUUCUGGACCAAUUCAAAGGAUCCCAAUCAAAAUGACUCCUCAUCAUAUCUUGACCUGUCUCCUCUAUAUGGAAAAAGCAAAGAGGACUGUGAUUCAAUUCGAACCUUCAAAGAUGGCAAGCUGAAACCAGAUACUUUCGCAGAUCGACGACUUAUUGGUAACCCACCCGGAGUCUGCAUUCUGCUCAUCAUGUUUAACCGCUUUCACAACUACGUGGUCGCCAACUUGGCUUCCAUUAACGAGGGUAACCGAUUCGCAAAGCCUGCAGCGCAUCUGGAAGGCGAUGCGCUUGCAGCUGCCUGGAAGAAGUACGAUGAAGACUUGUUCCAGACGGCUCGACUUGUCACAUCUGGCCUAUAUAUAAACAUCACUCUUGUUGACUAUGUGCGCAACAUCAUUAAUCUCAACAGAGUCGACACGAAGUGGACGUUGGAUCCGAGACAGGAGAUGGGAGUCGCCGUGGGCACCGCCAAAGGCGCGGAAAGUGGUGUUGGUAAUGUCGUCUCUGCCGAGUUCAAUCUGUGCUACAGAUGGCAUUCGUGCAUUUCUGAGAUGGACGACAAGUGGAUUCAAGACUUUUAUGCGCAGAUUCUCGGCGACAAUUAUGGCGAGAUGAACCUCCAGACCCUAAUUGCAGCCGUCAAGAGAUAUGAGAUGACCAUUCCUGAGGAGCCCUCAGAGCGCACAUUUGGCGGAUUUACUCGCGGGCCCGAUGGACGCUUCAAAGAUGAUGAGCUCGUCGGUGCCAUCUGUACAGCAAUUGAGCAACCCGGCGGUGCGUUUGGAGCUCAGAACGUGCCUCGAAUUAUGAAGCCAGUUGAGAUGCUGGGCAUCAUCCGAGGUCGCAAGUGGAAUCUCUGUGGCCUUAAUGAAUUCCGCAAGCACUUUGGACUGAAGGCCUAUGAUAAGUUCGAGGACAUCAAUUCGGAUCCUGGUGUUGCCGAUGCUUUGAGAAACCUGUACCAGCAUCCGGACCAUGUUGAACUGUACCCUGGUAUCGUGGCUGAAGAAGGCAAGGCUCCUAUGGUUCCAGGCGUAGGAAUUGCUCCCACCUACACCAUCUCCAGAGUCGUGCUCUCUGAUGCCGUCUCUCUGGUCCGUGGCGACAGGCAUUAUACCACCGAUUACCAUCCCGGGCACUUGACUCAGUGGGGAUUCAACGAAGCCAACUAUGAUUUGGAGAUCAACCAUGGCUGUGUGUUCUACAAGCUGUUCAUCCGUGCGUUCCCCAACCACUUCAAGUAUAACUCGAUCUACGCGCAUUAUCCCAUGGUCACACCAAAUGAAAACCGCAAGAUCCUCACAAAUCUGAAGCGAGCGGAGCACUUUGACUUUGGUAGACCAGAAUUCAUCGCGCCACCAAUUCAUCUGGCUUCGUAUGGUGCAGCCCAGCACGUACUCACCAACCAGGAGAAGUACAAGGUUGCGUAUGAAGAAGCGUUCCGAUUCCUCGUGGGAUCCUCUGGCACCAAAUGCAUGCUGGCUGGCGAUGACCCUGCUCACGCAGAGCAGCGCAAGGUCAUGCAUUCUCUGCUAUACGAAGAUGGUUGGAAAGCUUCAGUCAAGAGUUUCUAUGCUAUGAUUACGGAGCGCCUGCUUGCCGAGAAGUCGUACAAGAUUGCUGGAAAGACUCAAGUUGACGUUGUACGCGAUAUUGGCAACCUGGCCCACACGCACUUUGCCGCAAGAAUGUUCAAUUUGCCCUUGAAGUCGAGUGAAAAUCCCAAGGGCGUAUUCUCUGAGCAAGAGCUUUAUGAGGCUCUGGCGAUCUUGUUUAUCUGUAUCUUUUUGGACCUCGACCCCGUCAAGUCGUUCCCUCUCCGACAGAAGGCAAAAGAAGUGACCGAGCAGCUGGUCAAAGUUGUAGGGAUGAAUGUCAAAUUAACCAAGUCUUUGGGAAUUAGAGGCCUCUAUACCGGUCCUGCUCCCAAGAGCGACGACCUGUCUAGGUAUGGUGUCAAUCUCAUAAAGGGGCUGUCCAAGGCCGGCCUUGGUGCGCACGACAUUGUAUGCAGUCAUGUUUUGCCAAUUGCUGGUGCCAUGGUGCCCGUCCAAGCCCAAGCGUUCGCCCAAGCCGUGGACUGGUACCUCUCCCGAGAGGGCCAAGAGUAUUUACCGGAACUUCAACGCCUGGCUGUCGCAGAAUCGAGCCCAGAAAACGAUGCCCUCCUCCUCGGCUACGCCAUGGAGGGUGUCCGUCUGGCUAGUGCGUUUGGUCUCUUCCGUGAAGCUACUGAGACAGAGAUUAUCAAAGAAGACGACGGGCGUGAGGUCCAUGUCAAAGCCGGCGACCGCGUCUUUGUGUCACUCGCCUCAGCGGCCCGCGAAGAAGCAUACUUUCCAGAAGCGAACAAGGUCAACCCGCGGCGUCCAAUCGAUACUUAUAUGCACUAUGGUGCUGGACCACAUGGUUGCCUGGGCAGGGAAGCCAGCCACGUCGCGCUGGUGGAGUUGUUCCGCGCACUGUUUAGGAAGAGGGGAUUGAAGAGAGUUCCUGGACCGCUUGGUGAGCUGAAGAAGGUUCCUCAACCCGGUGGGCUCUAUUUGUACAUGACGGAGAACUGGGGCGGUGUAUCGCCGUUCCCCACGAGCAUGAAGAUUUCCUGGGAUGAGUAG